CUCUUCUUAAUGACCCGGUGUUUGCAUCUGCUGUCUGGUUUUCUUUAGAGAAUUUACAAAAGCUUGUUUCUCUGAGGUUAUGUGCGCACACAGCAUUUAUUCUAGUUUGCGUGUUGGUGCAUAAUUCUCAUGCACUCCUCAUUUAUAAAUCAUAAGUGGGGCAGUAAGACUUCAAGUGAUUCUCUCACACACAUACAUAAUGCACUGCUCUGUGCAUGCACAAUAGCAGAGGAAAUUAGGUCAAAAUACUGGAUGAAAUGUAAGUCUUAUUAUGUACAACAUUCAGAUAUAUAUCACAGAACACGCGCACAUAUAUUUGAUUUUCAGCAGCAGCACCUAAAGCAUUGCAAUUUCCCUUUUAAAGCAUUGGAGAGACACUGUGUGCAAAACACACACUGGCAGAGCUACUGUAAAUGAGCAGAGCAGGGAUUGGUCAACAGCUCUGCCACUCAAACUGCAAAUACUCCCCGACUUCCUCUGUCCUCCUUUCCUGGUGCAGCCUGGGAGGAGGGAGGGGAAUGGAUCUUUUCUGUGUGAGUCGCCGGAGCUCCCUCAGCCUGCUCCUUACCACCUGUCCUUGACUUCCAGUGCUCAGACGAGACUGAAAGGAAGCUGUGCUGCACACUCCUCCCUCUGGCUCCUCUCUGUCUGUGUUUAUGUGAGCGGCUGCAUUAUUAUUAUUUCUUUAAUCUUUUCACUCUGUGUGCCUGUUUCUUUCUACCUGUGGUGCUUCAGUGGAGUGUCGAAGAGAGGAGCGUUUGUCCUCGGCCGGUGGAGCUCUGAUGGGAGGCAGUGCUGGCUCUGGCUGGGACUGGGGAUGCUGAACAGGGGGAGGGAGGGCCUGUUUGAGCUGGGACAGCAGCUCCAGCAGCAGGGGGAGUAUCAGGCCGCCCUCCACUGCUUCCUCAGCUGCCUGCUGGGACUGACCCAUGUGCAGAGCUUCACCUCUCUGCCCAACUGCCUACACCAGAUUGCAGAACUCUUCAUCGCUGAAAAGAAUUAUGAGAAGGCCCUCCAGUUCAUCCAGGCGGAGAAGAUGUUCUAUGAGGUGGCAUUGAUCGAGCUCACGGCUCUUCAGGGGAGCACAGGGCCUCAGGAGGAGGCUACGCUGGGCUCUGCGGGAUGGACGACCCCAGAGGAGCUCUCGGAGCAGGCCUCCCAGGCACAGCACCUCGAACGGCUGGCCCAGCUCUGCAUCAUGAGCAAACAACCUCAUCUUGCUCUAGAAUACAGUGGAAAGGCUGCAAAGAUCCACCAGAGGGCCUUCGGUAAUGACCAUCCCAUUACAGCCAGAAGCCUGGAGCUCAUGGCCACUGUCUAUGCUGAGAUCGGCAAGACUGAAUAUUCAGACUCCCUGGGUCAGUGUGUGUCUGCACUGUCCAAACGCUUCGCUGCUGCAGAGUCCAUCAGAGACACCGUCAACUGUAUUCCUCAUUCCCACCGGGAGAAACACUCAGAGGUCCGCCACAGAAAGGACACCCACCACCAACAGGAGGACGCACCGAAACCUAAGGUAACCAAUGGCAAAGUCCCCACCUCCAUUCUAAAGAGGCCAAGUCCUAACUACGGGUCAGACACAGAACCCAACCACAGACGGAAAGGUGAGCGGAGGGUUCGAUUCAGGGAACCAGAGACCACAGUACAUGCCUAUGAAACGACACCGUCCCGCCCCCACCUCGCCCUGUUCACUUGCCUCUUCCUGCUGAUGUCAUUCCUGGGCGUGGCCAUGUACUGCACAGACCGGCGGCGCCCACAGCGAGUGUGUGAGGAGCUGGAGGCCGCUCUGGCUGUCUACCUGCUGCAUAUGAAACAGCUUCUGUGGGGCUGCUGGAUAUGGCUGACCAUGCAGUGACUGAAACCAACCACAGGCAGCGACAUGGAGCCUCCUUUAAUUUUUUCAGACCCCUGUUUUUUCCUAUCUUUGAAGGAGCCCAGACCUACAAACACCUCAGCCUUUUGGCAAGGCUCUGUCCACUGUCUGUGGUGUUGAUCCACUCUCACAGUGACAAAGGGAAAAAUGUGUAAUCCCAGAAAUAUGUAGCUUCCAUGUCUGUAUGUACAUAUGUGCUAAGGUGGUGGGCACGCCACUCCUUCUUUAAGUUAUGAUUUUGCACAUCUGCAAUGUUAAUGCUCACAUAUACUGCUCACCUAAUCACCAUUCAGUUAAUGUCACAGUCUAUCAUAUGUGAGUGAAUGUUUCCAUGGAAUGCAAAUAUUUAUUUUGUUACAGUACAUGAUUUGUGUAUAUCGGAUAUUACACAGAACUGAAUGUGUAUAUAUGGUUCAAUAUACUAAGGACUAUCACAAUAUUCAGCCUUGUAAUUGCACAUAAAUGAAUGUAGAGAUGUUUGGAGACGGCUUUGAUUGGCACGGCGCACGUUGGAGAGGAGGACGGAAGCACAAAUGUGUGAACUGUUGGAUAAUGAUGCAGGGCUGCAUCACUUCACAGCACCAGGUUGAAUGACUAACAGAUGAAAAACACCUCUUUCUUUACCGACUGUCUGGUCUUCUGUACGACUGGCUGUCUUCAGCUGAUUCCCAUAGCUCCACUGAGGAGAAAAUCUGCAGCACAAUGUUAUAAAUUCUCCUUAUCUAUUGUCGAAGAGAAUAUACUCAAACUGAAUGAAUGCUAAUGCUUUUGA